UUUUUGGAUUAGUCAUCUAGCAAAAGCACCUAUAUACACCUUUAUGGGCACAGUAGAAAGAUCUCUUGAGCUAAAUAUUCAGCAUUCUGCCACCCUGUGCUUGUUCAGAUCUCUAAAUUGGUCUGUGUAACGAUUAAUAGACAUAUCAGCAUUUCAGGUAGAGCGAGGACUGUUUUAGUGUUGCAGGGGGGUCAUGUGACUAUUUGAAUGCGCUUAGUGUUACUAAUCCAGUAUGUUAUUUAAAGGCUUGCUAUUAGUAUUGUGCUAGAGAACACAGCAGAUCUGAGAUCAUGGCUGGCAGAAGCAAGAAACUGGUUGAUGCUGAUGAGAUUAAAAGGCUAGGAAAGAGAUUUAAGAAACUCGACCUAGAUAACUCCGGCUCUUUGAGCGUAGAAGAGUUUAUGUCCUUGCCUGAAUUACAGCAGAACCCUCUAGUGCAACGAGUUAUUGAUAUAUUCGACACUGAUGGGAACGGUGAAGUUGACUUCAAAGAAUUUAUUGAAGGUGUCUCACAGUUUAGCGUCAAGGGUGACAAGGAACAGAAGCUGCGGUUUGCUUUCCGUAUCUACGACAUGGACAAAGACGGAUACAUCUCCAAUGGGGAACUCUUCCAAGUGCUAAAGAUGAUGGUGGGAAACAAUCUCAAGGACACUCAGCUUCAGCAGAUAGUUGAUAAAACCAUUAUUAAUGCAGACAAAGAUGGAGAUGGAAGAAUAUCCUUUGAAGAAUUUUGUGCAGUUGUAGGCGGCUUAGACAUACACAAAAAGAUGGUGGUGGAUGUGUGACCUAUCUGAGCUUCACACAACACGUUUGCUUUCUUCUCCAUCUCUGAAGAUCUGCUCAAGAUGUCCAGCAAUGCUCUCUGUGUAUUUUAAAUGGAAGUAUUUUCUCUGUGAAGCCACUUUUUCCAACACGAGCCUCAUGAAGCCAACUAAGUGUUGUUGAACUUUUUGAUUCUAUCAAUAACUUGGUGUAGCACUUUAAAGUCUGAAGGACAGCUUACUGUGGAAAGAGCAUCUCAGUAUGGUGGAGAAAGGGAAGGGGGCUGGCUUGUCUUUUUUUUUUUAAUUUAUUUUGGUCUUUGUCUUUUUUUAACAAGGAAGUAUAUCUAUAGCUUUCUAAAUGGGGGGGGGGGCGUAGUUAAAUUUGGUUGUAACUUCAUUUAAGCAACAAAAAAGUAAAGUAUGAUGUGCCAAGUAGAAUAUAAAUAAACCAGUUGAAUAUAUACAUAUGCAUGUUUUGAUGUUUUAAUUUUAGGAACUGGUAGAAGUACAUAAAUCGUACUGCAUGAUUUAGUCAAAUUAAUUUUAUUUCCUAUAGUAGUUUUCUAUUUAUAUAUGAACUGGUUUUAUUUAAACACUUUAGCUUCCAUUCUAGUCAACAAAAAUAAAAGUAUCUUUGAAUUUUUGUAACAAGGGGAUUAUUUUUUAUUUAUAUGUGCUUAUAUGAUCAAGGUCUUAUAAAUAAAUAAAUAUAUAUAUAUAUAUAUAUAUAUAUAUAUAUAUAUAUAUAUAUAUAUAUAUAUAUAUAUAUAUAAUAUUCCUUGAUCUGCUUCUAAUAUGUUGAUAUAGAUGCCAAGAAGUUGACAUGUCUUUGCAUGUACUAACUGCAGUUUACUUAUGGCAGGUUUUUCUGUGUUAUCUUGGUACAGUACCUUUGUAAACAGGUUUGCAUCCAUCAAACUAUCCCUUACGGUAAAUAUGAUUCAUUAGAUUUAAUGGAAUAUUUGUUAGUAAAUUGAACAUUUUAAUGUAUUUCUUUUUUUUAUUAUUACCUUUUAAACAGCAGUGAAGGUAAACUUUAUUUUGAUUUAGCUUUAUUCUGGUUUAUUAGAUCUUUGCAAGUGCUAAAAUACAAUUUAACUAAAGUACAAUGCAUAUCAAGAAAUAGUUUAUAAAGUAUGUGAAUAUAAGCAAGAAAAGUGCAGUUUGUUUUCUAUAGUGUGUUGCAUAUACAAAACUUACUGCAGGCAGAGUAAAAAACAAAAAAACUGGUAAUUUUUACCAAUAUGUAUAUUAGGUAAAUAGGUAAAUGAGGGAUAAAACAUGUUGACCUUUUUUGGUUUUUAAAGGGGAGGAAAACUAUUAGCUAAAUUUAUACCUCCUGGUUACUUUGUGCCCUUUUGUGGAGUUGUGUGUGUUUUUUUUUUUCUUCUUAUAUUAAUCUUAAUUAACCUGAACUUGUAUCCAUGUGUUAGAUGUGUAUUGAAAUGCAUUGUUGGGGGUGUGUGCAUUAUAAAUAAAGUGAGCUAUAAUCCCCAUUUUCCAUCAUCCUUUCCCUUUUUUGAGAGGAUAUAAUUGGCUGAAAUAAUAAUAAUAAUAAUUUAAAUGCUUUCAAAAAUAUAUUACCAAAACAAUCCUGUGUGUGUAAUUCGGCUUCUUCACUAUGUAUUUAAGUUUGAUUGAUUGCUCAAAGGGCAGGUUCCACUUCAGACUUUAGAACACAAGCACCUUCAAAGCUGAUCCUUGAGUGCUGCACGUCCAUGGGCUCGGUCUGUGAGAGAUAUCCAGGUGCUUCGUUUCCUUGCAUGACAUGGAGUUUUUUGCAUGUAGAUCAAUUUCGAAAUGCUCCUCUUGUUUACAUAAAUUGUAAUGUUCAUAUUAAUAAUGUUGCCAAACUUUGGUAAAUAUUAGCAGAAUGAAAAACUCCACUACAUGUAACUCUUAUCUCCGUCUGGAUCAGUACGUUGCUUGAAUUCCAGCGACUAGUCAUAUCUGUUCCAGUGUCAACUGCCAUGUGCUCUGCUUCAAGGCUAAACAAAGUCAGGUUGUGAAUUUUUUUUUGUUUGUACAUAAGCAUUUGUUAUAUUUAGUCUAGCCUUUCCUGUGUUGCUAGUGCAUUAUUUAGGCUGUAGUUCUAGACUAGUGCUUAACUCCUUUUGGGGAAUUAAUUCAUUUAUUUAUUUAGUUUGUGUGUGGGGGUGGGGAAAGUUGUGUGUUUAGUUUUUCUUCUGUGCAUGCUGCAUCAUAUGCUGUGGGAACUAUUGAAACCUUCAUACUGUAUGACAAGACUUAAAAAUAAAAUAUUUGAAACUUGUUA